AUGUCCCAGUGCAACCACCCCUACGGCGAGUGUCUCUACGACGCCGGCGACCGACUUGUCAUCCGCCUGAUUGAGGAGGGCAGGUCCUGGGAUGAGUACCAGCCAGAAGAGCAAGAACUCUGGCAGGAGCUGUUUCGGCGACACCCGCACUUCAACGACCAGGCCACGACCGCCGGAGAGUCGUCAGUGCAGUCGAGGGGUGUGGCCAAGCGUCUCUCUCGCGCCCAUUCCCUGGCGACUGUCGCCCCCUCCAUCUCCGACCUCUCCAACUGGGGAACCCUCCCAUCCAGCCCCACCGGCCUCCCCCGCCGCGCCCUCCUCCGGAAGCAGGAGCAGACAACAGCUCAGUGGGCAGAGGCAACAGCAGCCGCCAAUGCGAGGGCCGCGGCUUCCGCUGUGUCCCCGACCGGCAGGCCCGGUCCCGGCGCCACUCCGAGUCCCAGGCGUGCGCUCCCGCUGUCCCCCCUCCGGCAACAGCGACCUCCAACGACUCCGUUUUUCGCGCCGCGGUCCUUUUCUCUCCCGCAGCAGCAGCAGCACGGUCAGCACCAGCCCCCUACCCAACAUAAUUACCUCCGACCCCUGAACAUCGUAGCCAACGACGGAGGAGGAGCAGCAGAUGAAGCAGCACCCCUACACGAUACCAACACCGGCGAGGAAGAAGACGACGAGGACGACGGCCUAGACGCCCAACGCGACGCCGCCAUCGCGCAAUUCGUCGCCAUCCGCUACCGCAUGAACCGCACCAUGCAAACGCUGCAGCGCGACGAGGCCGAGCUGUGGUCCCUGUGCGGGUAUCUGCACGACCUGGGCUGGUUCGACGCCGGCGGCGGCGGUGGUGCUGCUCCCGCUCCGAGGCAAGGGGGACCGGAUGACGAUCGGGGUUGGGAAGACGACAAACACCACCACGGGCUCAAAUAUCGGGAUCCGGAACCGAAUACCGUCAAGAAAUACCGGGACUGGGAUCCAGAGACCCGGAUCGCCGGUGUCUCAAGGCGGAGGAGGCGGAGGAGGUGGAGAAGAGAGCAGUGGCAAUGGCUAUAA